CAGUGGUCAGUCUUCCCCACACUAACUUGGAAUGCUUUCAAAUGACCAGCAUCCGCACGUAACCCGCACACGCGUUCAUCGGCGAGUCCGUCGGAUCGAUGCCGCGUUAACCUGACAGCUUAUCCUGUCAUACCAGCAGCAGUGUAAUCCGAUAGCGGAGAGGGGAAAGACAGGAAUUCACAUUCGCCUUCUCAUCCACGGUUUUCGCCUUUGAAAAAGAUGAUCACUAGCUCCAGUGUACAUGGCUUAAAGAUGCAGUGGACCCCAGAACAUGCGCAGUGGGCCGAGCAACAUUUUGACAUCUCGUCCACCACACGUUCCCCCGCACAUAAAGCAGAAGCAUACCGCGGACACUUGCAGCGGACCUACCAGUAUGCUUGGGCCAACGACGACAUAUCGGCUCUGACGGCCUCCAACCUUCUAAAGAAGUACGCAGAGAAAUAUUCUGGUAUCCUAGAGGGUCCCGGAGAGCGGGCGCUCCUGUGCUCAUACACCGAAAGUGCUCCAGGACUCUUGAACGGACGCAAAUCAGAAAGCGACGCAUGGCAGGAGGGGAUCUACCCAAUGAGUUGUGCUGCAGAUGUGGUAUCCGCAAGUAAAACCGGAAUGACGCCCGCCCUGCCUCCGGAUGUGACCGCAAGUGUCGGCAGCUCCACAGGGGUGGCGAGCAGCCUGAGCGAGCCCAGCUACUCCAGCAGUAACUGCGGAAACCACUCGGGCAUCCCAUCUCAGGAAUUUGCUAGCAGUUACAAUGGUUCAUACUUGCAUUCCACUUACAGCGGCGGGCAAAGCACACCAGCUCUGCCAUCCCCACACCCCUCACCUUUGCACAGCGCUGGGCUCCUUCAGGCUCCUCCACCUCCAACCCUGGUGCCCAGCUACAACGCAACUUCCCCGAAUCUCUCCGGUUAUAACUACCCUCCAGCAGGUUAUCCUCCACAGACUGCUGUUGCCCCAGGCUACAGCCCAGGAGGAGCACACCCCCCUUCAGCUUACCUGCCCUCAGGCAUUGCUGCCCCCACUCCCCUACCCCCUUCCACCCUUCCUGGUUACUCCUACCAGUCCCACAACCACGCACCAAUUGCACCGACACCUUUGAAUGGCAGCUCAGCCAACACACUGAAAAGGAAGGCAUUUUACAUGACGGGCCAGGGAGAUGUGGACUCCGGGUAUGGAAAUUUCAGCUAUAGCCAGCAGCGUUCUGCUCAAAGUCCCAUGUACAGAAUGCCAGACAACAGUCUUGUUGACUCAACCAGAGGGAAUGGAUUUGACAGAAACGUUGACACAUCAUCUUUGGCCUUUAAGCCCACAAAGCAGUCGAUGCCUCCGGAUCAACAGCGGAAGUUUAGCAGCCAAUCUGGCAGGGCAAUGACCCCUCCAUCUUACGGAUCCUCCAAAGGUUCCUUGGGCUCCCUAAGAUCAGGGGAGUCAUUUGGAAAGUUUGGCUCUCCUGUUUUAAGUGACCACGGUGAUGAUAACAGACAGCAUCUCACUCAUUCUAUUGGCACAGCAACAUCUUCCAGCAUCCCCGCCGAGGAGCAGUUAAAAAACAGCGAUGCCAGUUUGGUAGAGAUGGUCACCACUGAGAUUCUGCAACAGACACCUCCUGUGGACUGGAGUGACAUCGCUGGGCUAGAGAUGGCAAAAGCCACCAUCAAAGAUGAGGUCCUAUGGCCUAUUCUAAGGCCAGACAUGUUCAGCGGAAUGGCUACGUUACCUCGCAGCAUCCUUCUUUUCGGACCUCAGGGCACUGGUCGGACUCUGCUCGGCCGCUGUAUGGCCAGUCAGCUCGGCGCUACUUUUCUCCUGCUCAGUGGCUCGGCCUUGGUCACGAAAUGGCUCGGAGAGGGUGAAAAGAUUGUUCAGGCCUCAUUUCUUGUUGCACGCUGUCGGCAGCCCUCAGUAGUUUUCAUCAGCGAUGUGGAUCUGCUGUUAUCUGCCCAGCUGAGCGAAGAAAGUCCAGUUCACCGAAUCAAGAGCGAGCUCCUCCUUCAGCUCGAUGGCGUUCUAAGCUCACCUGAGGAACACGUUCUAGUGGUGUGUUCCACCAGCAAACCCGAAGAGAUUGACGAGUCUCUGCGAAGGUACUUUGUAAAGCGCUUGCUAGUUCCCUUACCGGACGCUAAUGCACGGCACCAGAUAAUCAGCCAGCUGCUCUCACAGCACAACUACUGCCUCAGCGACAAAGAGGUUACACUGCUCGUUCAGCGGACUGACGGUUUCUCCGGGCUAGAUGUGGUCCGGCUUUGCCAGGAGGCCAUGGUCGGUCCAAUCCAUGGCAUGUCCGCAACUGACAUUUCGGUAAUGAUGCCGGGUCCGAUGAGACCGGUGUCCUACCAAGACUUUGAGAGCGUGUUUUGCAAAAUCCAGCCCAGCAUAUCACAGAAAGAACUUGAUACAUACACUGAAUGGAAUAAGAUGUUUGGCUGUAGUCAGUAAAGAGUGAGGGCACAGAUAAACCCGUGGGGUGACCUCCCCUUCUUUAAUGAGGGGAUACAAUUCAGAAUUCUUUGGGUGACACAUGCAGUUCUAAAGUGUGGUUUACUUUUUACAAAUGUAGAUGACCCCUGAAGAAGAACCUUAGGGACGGUCAGAUAGAGUUGAAUGAUGCAUGGUUGUACUUAAGACAAGGUCUGGCUCUUUGCACAUAAUCCAGACAGAGAAAUACUGAUUUUGGGCUCAGUACUGCAGACACAGAGUUCCACUUACCACGAAACUGUAAGUGAGGACAAACGUCUUUGUAUGUAAAUAUCAUUCUGCUGUUUUUGAGAUUCUGUUGCUAUGAAGUGCCUGAUGUGGUGCUUUACUAAAUUUGGAUUUGGAUUCGUUUGCCUCACCAUCUACGUUGGUGGCAUGUGCUAAUAUAGAGAGCUUUAACAUGGAAAGCUGAACAUGUGUGUUUUCUUUUCUUUUCUGUUUUCGACACUUCAAUCAAAAGAACAACAGUAUUCCUCAAUCAAGUCUGACCAGGCAGUUGAAGGUCCAUGUUGUACUUUAAAUCUGGAUCCUAAUUUAUUAAUUCACUUGUGUUUUUCCAAAAUCUCAGGAAAGUGAUCGUGAUUUGUACAGUACCUCAAAAAGAUUAUGUGAUACCACUACAUACUGCUGUCAACGUUGCAUUUGCUUUCUAAUUUGCUUGGUCUAUAAUUCUAGGUUUACCUCAACCAAUUAAAACAAUGAUAAAGAUAUGACUAUGAAUGUAACCAGAAAUGUUCUGGGUUGUUUGGAAAGAAAAAUUGAGGCAUUUUUCUUCCAUUUAUGUGUUUUUUUUCUUCCCAAAUUACAUUUUAAUUCCAUUGUGAAUGUGUAGAAAGCAGAAUUUGUGCCACUAUCGACUCUGUCCCUUUCUGCAUCGCACAGUUAUAGUACAGACUACACAAAGAUCCCUGCAGUCAGAGAUGGGCACUGUCUGUAGUGUAGAUAAGGUAAAUCUGAAACCUGAAAUGUCUGCACCAGUGUUUGCAGUAGACUUCAACAUUUGUGUGAAGUACAGCGGGUCGUGUUGUUUUCUCUCUGGAAAAUAAACGAGUCAUCGAGGGGUAAACCAAAAUUUUUACGAAGGCAAUUCGAUUAAAGACCAUUUUCGUAUUCUUUGCGACAUAGUAAGGUUGGUUUUGUUCGUUUUUUCUGUCCUGCUGCUGUGCGAGAUAUCUAAGGCGCAUGUGUACCCUGCAUUCUGUUCUACCUCAGUUUAGCACUACGACCAGAACAGGAAGAAGAUAGCUUGGUGUCUUAACCUCAUUAGGUUUGUUCUGCCCCAAAGCCUCCAUAGAGAACAAGCUGCCUUUCUCCCUAGUAAACACAAAGCGUUUAUCUCACACUACCUGUGCAAUUCUUAUGCUAAGAGCGCCCAGAUGACACCAAACGCCCCUCCCGCACAUGUACACACACACGUUGAUGAUGGGGUCUCUCCGGAGCCGAUUAUUGGGGCUGUACUGCCUUAAGGCUGAAACAUGAACUACAAAAGCGUUUAUGUAUGCAACAUGCUUAUCGAGUUACUCAAGUCAGCAUGUUUAUGACUAGUUACCCAAGUAUGCACACUUGGUUUUCUGGAAUAGAUGUUUGGUAACUUGCCCGCUUGAGUACUGAGGUUAGUUACGUCACAGCAAUGCGUUGGCCAAGCAUAAAACACAUGUUUCAGCCUAAGGUAGCAUGGGAUAUCAAAUUGGUAACAGUAAGGGGAAACUUUGUUUUUGAAUGUAUUUUUUGUUUCUUUCUCGAUACGUUUACUUUCUCAAAGCGAUUUGUUUAUCUAGCACUAGAGAGAUGGUGAAGUGAUUUGUUCCCUUGUUUUUUCCAUUCUCUCUCUUUUUUUCUGCCUUUAUAUCAUACGUCUCAAGCGUUGGACAGGACACACACUCUGUUUUUAACUUAAACCUUUUUGUCCAUUGCUGUGUAUUUCGUCUCCACUUUAAGGUGCUUAUUUAGCUGUGGAGACACCGGAGCUCCAAUACAGUACAUGUAUAUAUAACAUAUCCUUGAAGAAAUAUCUGUUUGCUUUUUCGACAAACAUCCAGACUUUUCAGUAGCCGUGAGACACUUGCUUCACAAUCUUUGUAAAGUGAUAUGUGCGCCCAAAGGACCAUGAUUUCUAGCCUUGGUUUGUUGUUUGAAGCGGAAACCGUUUUCUUUAUUCUCCUUUGUGUUGUUUUAUUUUUUGCUUGGUGUUGUUUUAACGAAAAGUUACUAUUGUGUAAUUUGUCAAAUGCACUUUUAUCGUUUUGUGUUAAUGCCUAUCACACUUAUUUGUCCUCCCUCAAAACCAAAGCUAUCAAAACUAUUUUACUUUCAAAUAUAAUUGAUCCAUUACUCAGAUGAUCAGGGUCCAUCCACGCAUUUAAACCUUUAGGGAAACUUGUAUAGGACAUCAGGAUUAAACCAUGUGAUAGCCGCAAAAUAUAUUUGUUUGUUUUGUUGUUAUAAAUCACACUUUGUGUAUUUCAAAGCCAAAUAGCACUCACGAACAAACUCGAUGACCAAAACAGUAAAAUGAUCUUAAUCUUAGUCUUACUGUUUUCUGCUGUUAUUGUUUGGGUUGGUGUUAUGCUAAUGUAUCUAUUGAUUAUUGGACAAAACCAGUGUUGACUAAAACACAGUUUUUAACAAUUCAAAGGUAUGUUCCUGGUUCAGUUAAGCUCUGUCGAUAGCAUAAUAAUGUUGAUUUCCAUAGAAAAGAAUAUCAAGUCAUUUCUCAGUUUCUAAAAGAAAUAAGCAAAAGUCAUGGCUAAUAUCCAGUAUUUAAUUAAAUGCAUAUAUAAGACUUUAUAUACGUAAACAUGAAACUACACUCAAAAAAUAAAAUGUUGGAUUUCCAUAAAAAAAAAACAGAUUCCACGCAAUUUGUUUAAGUAAUCUCAACAAACAAUAAUUUAGUUCAUUUUACAAAAGAAGUUAAAGUGAACUUCACAAACCUUAGUAAUCUCAACAAACAACAAUUGAGUAAAUUGUACCAGAGAGUUUUUAAUUAAUAAUGGCAAAUAUUUGAAUAAUGCCAUUUAUAUAAACUCUACCCCCCUAAAUUAGGAUCACCUAUUUAAUAACUCCAUAACACUGAAUCAAUCAUAAUCAUAAUUCAAUUCAACUAAUCCCGGACACAGUUUAGAUUAAUCCAAGAAUAUAAAAUUAUUUUUACAAACAUACCUUACAAAAAACAACACUGAGACAAAACAAUGUCACUAAUAUAUGCCAAAAUAUGUCAGUUCAAGGGUUUUUUAAAUUAAGGCAGAUCAAAUACGCAUUUUAGUCUGGGACUAGAGUAAGCCCUGUCCAGGAAACCAACCAUUACUGUGGGUUCACACCAACCGCGUUUGGGGCGUCAAAUUCGCGUCCACCGCAUCUAGUUGGUCACUUAAACAUUUUGAGUUUACACGCUUCAUUCGUGCGUGAAAUUCUAGUCAUCGAGACAUUCACACGGAAAUUUGCAUCAUGGGAGGGGCUUCUGCGACUCCGCUCGCUUCAUGUAAUCACUAGAGCAAGCUCCUAAUUGGUUAAUGCGACGCGUUUUUCCGCCAAAGUUCAAUUUUUUUCAACUCACGCGUUUCCGGCAGCAAAUCUCAAUUUUGCGCCAUUCGCGAGGCAGAAUCGCAUCUACCACGCCGCACAAAAUGCCUCAUUCGCGCCACGAGACCUCCAGACGCGCGUCUUCACAUUGACUUAACAUUGAAAUCACUUGCGCUUGACACCUCUACCGCGGCUGGAGUGAACGCAGCAUUAGACCUUUAAAUUACAACUUAUCAAAUACAUCAUAAAAAUAUUUGAAAUUAAAUGCUAAAUUUCAAACCGCUCAUUAAUUAAUUUAUCAAUUAAUGUAACCGUAAAAAUUUAUCAGAACAAGUUUAUUGACUCAUACUUGGCCACUUAUUUACUUUUAAGUAAAACUGACAAAAUACACUUUUUGUUGAAUUAACUCAAUUAAAUUUCGUUCCCAAAUAAUCUCAACAUGAAAGGACUAAGUAAACUGGCAAAAGUUCUUUUUUUUUGGAGUGUGGGAAAAUCAAGUCAUUCCAUUUUUAUGUUAUGACUUAUGCAAAGAUGCCACUAAGAGUUAUCUUACUAACAUAACUAUCAUAGGAGUUACAUUAAUAACACAAGCAAAAGUUAUUUUCAUUAUUCUGCUUCGAUAAAGCUGAACUUAUUAACCCUGAACAUUCCUUAAAUUGAUUAAAAUAAAGCGAGAAGGGAAAGAGGAAAAGUUGUUGAAACAUCCCAAAAAGUCCAAAAGUUUUAAAGCACAUCUCCUGUGUAGAUAUGAAUCAAAUAUCCCAUGAUUAGAUUUUUUUUCUGUUUAUGUCUGUUGACUUGCUUCUUUCCGUGCUGUUAUAGAUGUUUCUUUCAUCUAUAUAUAAAACGAGUUCAUCUGUGUUUGGUUUAACCAUUAUCCUUUAUGACCAUUUCUACCUCAUUGCUACAUAUUGACAUGUAGUACUUAUGUUCUGUCUUUUUUGAAUGUCACACAUUUGUAUAAAAGAAAAUAAAGAAAAAUGUAUAAAAACAUCUGAAAAUGAAGAAAAAGGUAAAUGAAAGGCUUGAGCAGUCUACCUCAAACAGACUGUCUGUAUACGUACACUGAGACUUACCUGCACAUAUAUUAAAAAGACAAGUUAAGUUGAGACGAUGCACACUGACCGCUCAGCCUCUGAGGAUUCGUUUAUAUUCGGGAUAUUGUGGACUGUAUAGGUCUUCUCCGAGGUCUCUACAUGCAAAUUUCCUUUUGUUUCUUUUUCAGUCAAUCGCUUUCCUUCUUUGUGAACUGUAGUGUGCAUGUGGAUGUGUGUGCACUUAUUAUGAAGUGUGUAAGUGUGCAUUUUUAUAUAUGAAAAAUCGCUAUGAAAUGUAGAUACGUUUCAUAUACCGUAUUUGUACAUUAGAUACACUUGCACAUUUGUGUACUUAAUGUACAUUUGUUAUUAGUAUAAUGUUUUGAAACGCACCACAUACAUGUUAUUAUGUGUGUGUAUGUACAUUAUUGCCAUAAUUACAUUCAACGUAAAUGUAUUUUCAUGUAUGCAUAGAGACAAAG